UGUGUUUACAUGGUAUCGAAAAUCGAUUGCGGAAAUGGAAAACCGGCAACCAGAAGCGGGUUUCCAGAAUCGAUUUCAAAAUGUUUUUCCUUACCACCCAGAAGCGGUUUUGGGAAAUCGGUUUACGAAAUCCGAUUUUUGGAGCCCUACAUAAAUGGGGGUGAAAGUCUGUUCACGACAGACUGGGUACGUGUCUGAUUGGAUAAAAUUGCGUUUGAUGGCGUCUCUUUCUUCAGCCAAUCACGAUCGCAGCGGAGUCUUCGCGUGAAGCAGCGAAGAUAUUUGGGUGGAUUGUUGUUGAGAUAUGAUGGCAGAUUCAAAUUUGUGUAUAUUGUGUGGCAGAAAAUUUACAGCUAGAAAGAAUUUGUUUGCACACUAUAGAGGGGUACAUAAAUUACAGCCACACACGAGGGCUACGAUUCGAUGUCCCAAGGAAGGCUGCAGGUUUUCCUGUAACUUUUUGGCUAAUUUGAGAAUACAUGUAGAGGAAGAGCACAAUACUCUGAUGGUGAAAGAAGUACUUCUGUUCGAAUCACCGGAAGAGUUUCAGGAGUGGAAGGCCAUAGAAGAGAAGGAAACCAAAAGCAGCUUUGUACAACACUGUGGUGCUAAGCGUACAAAAGGUGGCACUGAAAGGAUCACUUUUGUUUGUCACAGAAGUGGGAAGUUUCAGUCUUCAUCCACAGGCAAAAGGUUGCUGAAAUCACAAGGCAGUAUCAAGUUAGGAAGCCACUGUACUGCUGCUAUUGAGCUCCACAGAGAAGAAAGUGGCGAUUGUACUGUUGUUUAUUUCAAAACGCACUUUGGCCAUGAACAGCAUAUAGGCUUACUGCAGCUUAGUAGAUCUGAUAGGGAAGCCAUUGCACGUCAAAUUGCUAAGGGUGUGCAUUUCGAAAAAAUUUUGGAUGAUGUGAAGAGCUCCAUCCAUUCCGGAGAACCGGAGAGGCUGCACCUUAUUACUCGCCGCGACCUCCACAACAUAAAGAGAGAUUUUGGCAUUGGUGGCACUCGGCAACAGGACAUUGAUGAAGUGAGUGGACAAAAUGAAAGACUGGACACAAAUUCUUCUCAGUUGAGGAGACUGGAGUAUAAAUUACAGCUUUUGAGACGCCGUAUCAGCUCAGGUAUGAUGUCCAGAGAAACAAAGUGUAAAGUGGAGAAGGAAGUCGAUCGUUUGCUUUCACUUACUCAAUUGGACUUCAGCAGGGAAGUUCCGCAUUCCCACAAUAGUAAAAAAUUGAAAGUGCUACGAAUACCUGAUAAGUCUAAUAUCAACAGCAAAGUUCCGCAUUCCCCCAAAAAUGAAAAGUUGAAAGUGUUACAGACACCAGAUAAGUCCAACAUCCAUAGGAAAGUUCCACACUGCCCCAACAAAGAAAAGCUGGAAGUCCUACCAAUACCUAUCAAACCUAAGACCUUUCCAGGGAGCAUUUUUGUGGUUCCGGCCCAUAUUGAGAAGCCAAAUAGUGUAAUUGUGAAGGGGCAACCAAAUAGUGAAGUUAAGACUGUGCAUGUUGGUUUUGAUCACACAUACUGUCAGAGCUAGUUAGUGUGUGUGUGUGUGUGUGUGUGUGUGUGUGUGUGUGUGUGUGUGUGUGUGUGUGUUUCGUAUAGUUUAUUGCCUACUGGAAACAUGCCAUUUAAAAAAUAGAGCAAUGUAUCUGGCUUGGUACAUCUGUGGUGAUAUGGAAACCCAAGUGUUGUUAACCCUCUAUUGCAUGACUUUUUUUUAUGGAUCCAAUUUCAGUGAAAACCAUAUCUGGGGGUAGGGUCUGACACACAAAAUACUGUGUAACAAGUAAAACAUAGAAAUUUUGAUUUAUUCAAUAUUUUAUGAUUGAUUGUUGCCAUAUGGCAACACCAUGCUUAUGUCAACACACUUUUCAGAAGACUCUCAACACUGUUAUUUACAUAUAUGUGUAAAAUUACUUAUGUGCUUCUAUGUACAUUUAUGAAUAUUUUUUGGUGAAAAACUGUUACUUUUCUGUUUUUAAAAAAAAUAUAUAUUGUUAUAUUGUUCAAGUUUGAUAACUCAUUUCAUCACUCAGAGUGAAAUUUUACAGUUCUUAUUUGCAGUGAAAUAUAAAUGCACCUCGCAUUUCAAACACUUCACUUUAACAAUUCCAUUGCAAGAUGGAGCUUUAUACCUUCCUUUGAUAUCUAUAAUAAGCAAAAGUCCUAUGCCACCUAGUCCCAUAUCUUUUUCAGGCAGUGCAGCUGUUGGUCCUUUCUUCUUCUUCUUCUUCUUCUUCUUUGCUGUGUAGGCUCUCUCAAUGGAAUUACUUACAGGUCUUCCUUGCCUUCUUGCCUCACUUUUUCCACGGCACAACCACCUCUAUCUAUGGCCUUCUUGAACUCCGCUAAAGUGAGUGUGCUUUUUCAAUGCAUUCCACUUGAUAGUUUACUUCUUCUGUAAAGAAACCAAGCAUUCAUUACCAGCAGGUCUAGAAUAUGAAAAAUUAUUCUGUGGUACCAUUUUUUGGCAUGUAUCUGGAUCCUAUACAAUGCUAGAAGUGAAUCCACAUUAUCUGAUUAUACUCUACUACUGCCCUGGAGCAAGGCACCUCGACUGACUUCUUCAACUUCUUGUCAAAUCUUUCUACUUCAAUCAUUGGAUUUGCUCCCACAAAAUUGCUGAGUAAUGUCACAAAUCUGUUGUCAUGCCACUUCUUUGCAGCAGAAUUCUGCAUAUUUCCUAUGGAACACUGCCUUCAUCCGUUGCAUUUCUUUCAGGUCUCUUCAUUUUCUUGUCAGAUUUGAACUCACAUCCUUUUAGACGAUUGGAACAAACAGUGCCUAGGCUGUAGAUUCCUCUUUCUGCCAGUUUCACUUGCACAUCUACAGAACCAGAUGUCAAAAAAAAUUUACAAUUUUUGUGUUCAGGUAUUACACUAGCUAGCCUUAGCACAACAUUUCAGCUGGCUCCUGUAUCAGGAAGAUGUUCAUUUUGGUUAGUUCUGCCAGUAUACAGUUCAAAGUUGUAUACUAAACCAUUCACAUCAGGUAGUACAAACAUUUUGUAGCCCUAUUUCUUUGGUUUUUUUUGGAUUGCACUGUUUCAUUGAAUGAUGCCCUUUGAAUGGCAUAAUCUGCUCGUCAAGGCUGAAUUUUUCCAGUUUCAGUAGCACUUUACACUAAGAAAGCGUAUGGUCAAUAAGGCUCUCCUUUGGGUAUUGUUCUCAAAUUAUUAGCAAAAUGUAUGUCACUUUUUAUUUGCUCAAAGUGACUUAUACGCAUUCUGUCAGCAACAACGGGAACUCUAGUCUCAGGACACAUGUUUAGGCCUUUGUUUUUUGGAGCACUAUUUUCUUCUGCUGCUACAAUGUCGUUUUGAUGUAGCACAUUGUUUUCGUCAUGUUCUUCCUCUUCUUGUUCCUUUUCCUCUUACUCUUGUUCUCCUUCACUGUCAUAGUCUCAGAAAUGGCUAUAGCCGAAGUUCCAUGAGGAAUAUCAUGUCCAGCACUUUCAUCCUCUGAAUCAUCUGCAAAUUCUUCUUCACUGUUGGUGUUACCCAAUUUUGAAUCGUCACUUUCUUCAGGAAUAUUCCUAAUUGCCGCUGAAUGUCUGCCACUGUAGAAGCAUGAAGCUGGAAUUGAUGCCAUGCCUACAAAAUAAAAAUAAUUAACAGCAUUGUACUGAAUCUGCCCAUGUUGAAAAAGGUUAUGUUUACAUUGGCAAGAUAAUAGUACUCACAUAUUGCAACAAACUGAAAAUAUUGAGUAAUUAUUUAUUAUUCAGUUAAAGAGGCAUUGAAACAUUAUCUGUGCUAUCAUUAAGCAUCAUUUUACGUACCUUAAAAAUAUAAUUUUUUUAGGUGUGAUCUAAAUGGCAGAAAUAAUUUACUUUUUCUGCUGUUGUAGCAUGUGUUUACGUAUAGGACCUCCAGCAACGACUAUAGACCAUCAGCGUUUUCUGCCAAUAUAACACCGCUAAACACAGUCUACCUUGACUCAGUCAGACUGUGUAUUGCCAUAAGGCAACGCCAUGCAUAUACAAGCAGUUUCUGUAACAUUAUACAUAAAUUUAUAGUUCGUUGCCAUAAGGCAACACCGUGCAGUAGAGGGUUAAUAAAGGAAACAAAUCAUUCCUGUUAUUUUUACAUAUGGUGUAAGAGCUUUAAUUUAUUAUUUUUAUAUAUGAAUUGGAGUGUGUCCCUUGCAGCAAGUGAUGGAAAGUUUGUGUGGUCAUAAUUCCUUUAAUAGAGGGAAGACCAGUGUAAUUUAGUAUGGGAUCAGUCUUCCUAGUUUUUUAUUUGUGUUUAUUUUUUUAUUAUAAAAAAGCUAUGUAUCGUGGUUUUCCCAGGUAGUAACCAGAGGCAUUUUUGUAAGGUCAGUUAAAAUUUAUUUGUAGCUCAUUGUUUAUCCUAACAAUGCCUAAUGGGUGUGAUAAGUUCUGAUCAGCCUGUGUAUAAAUGUACAAAAAACUGAGUGCAAAAAGUUUUAUUUCAUGUGUAACUGAGUUGUAAAUAAGAAGAGCAGAUUGUAAAACUGAAUGUCAAAGUGACUGAAGUGAUUAAUAGUCUGUUAAUGUACCCUGAGAGAAAGAAAACAUGUCAUAAA